AUGUACUCAACACAAUAGAUGUCUAAAUUUUGUAACACCUAUUCUACCAAUUACAAUACGAAUACUAGACGAUAUGUUUCAAGUGCCAAAACCUCUCCAGUGACUGGACCACUCUAAAAAUUAAUUGAAACUGACAAUGAGACAUUUUCAAAAAGAGACAAGAAUUAAUAAGUACUUAUUCAAUUAAAUUUAUGAGCAUCUCUUAUAAGAAAUUCUCAACACAAAUAACACAACAAAAAUCUAGAAAUUAAUCUCUACAUUUAUUCAAAAUGAUCUUACUACUGAUAAUCUAUCCCAAUAAGAACUACUUAAUCUCAUUCUUAAAGUAUAUUAGCUCAACCUCUAUGAAGAAAUCAAUUUCAUUAAUAUACUUUAUGAAGCAUAUAUUGAAAAACAACACAAAGAAAUUCUAAAAUAUAUCAUAUUGCAUUGUCAUGAAUAACUAAUUGGUAAAUCUGGUAAUGCAACACGAUUAUUAGAAAUAUUUUAAGAAAUGCUCACUCUAACUCCUGAUUUUACUUCAUUUCAAUUAGAAUAUCAAUUAGAAUCUAUUCCAGUUUCAUUUAAUCGUAUUCAACUACGUUGUAUGUUUCUACUUAAUCAAUAUGAUAUUUUGCGUUCUUUAAAAGGAGCUGUCGUAUUGUUUGAACAAUUGGAAGGCUUUGUGUUUUAGUAAUUUAAAUCUAAUUUAAUACCAACUUAAAGUGAUAUCAGUACAUUAGUUAUUGCAUACAUAUUAUUGAGUGAAUAAUUAGAAUUAUCUAAUCGUCUUGGUUUAAGUAAGUAGGCUCUAGAAAUCAUUGGAAAAUCUAAUGAUUCAUCAAUUACUGAUCUAAAAAGAAAGUUUAUCUAUAAUGCAUCUAAAUUAUCACAAAAGUAUUUAGGUCAAAUUAUUUUUGAAUAAAUAAAUGGUUUGCAUAGAAAAAUGAGUCCUGAUUUAAAUAGAUCUUAAAUGGUUUCAUAGGAAACACUUAUACAUUAAUUUUUAUUAGAUUCUCUUGAUAUGCAAUACCUCAAAAAUAAUAAAGAUAUGUUUGAUAUUGAUCGCUUAUCUACUAAUAUAAUAACAUAGCCUUACAUUUACACACUUAUGGAAAAGUAAAAAGUUCUUUUAUAUUAGAAUUUUACCUGAGAAUAAAAAAAAAGAUAAAGUUUUAUCAAUAUUUAGUGAUGAUCCCAUAAGACCAAGUUCAGGAAAACAAUUUUAAAUUAAAUAAAUUAAAAAUGAACUUAAUAGUCCAAAUUAAAGUAAGUUUAAAUAAUAAAAUUUUAAUGUUCUUUCCAAUAAUAAUUCUUAAACCUAAAUACCUACUACAAGUACAGUUAUUAAACCUGUUACAAAUAGACCACCUUUAAAUUAAUAAUUAUCAUCUGGAUCAUUGCAUUCAUCUGGUAAACUUAAUUAAUUUGAUUCUUAAGAAUUUGAAAUUAUUUAAAAUAAAUUAGUAAUUUAAUAAAGAGAAUUAGAUGAAUUAAAAUAAUUAUAUGCUUAAUCAUAAUCAACAAAAAAGUAAGAACCUGAAAACAAUUAACUAGCAGAAUAAUUAAAGAAAAAAAUAGAUUUAUUAGAGAAUAACUUAUGUUAAAUUAAAAAUGAAAAUUCAAACAAUAAAAAAGAAAAAGAAUAAAAAUAAACUGAAGUUAUUGAAUUAAAAGUAUAAUUAUAAGAUUUAAUUACUAAAUAAUCAUAAUUAGAGAAAUUAUUGCAAUCUUAAUCUUAAUAAUAAUAAAUGAUAAUAUAUUAAUAAAACCUUUUAUAACAAUAAGCUGCUUAAACUACAUAGACUUUGAAUUAAUAUUAAUCAAAGCCAAUAGCCUAAACAGCACCAAUUAAUAUUCAAAUACCAGCUAAAGAAGUUUAAAAAUAAUAAAUUCUAAAUCAUUCUAGGGAUGAAGAUUUUAUCUAAAUGGAUGAAACAACUCCUUAAGCUUAUAAAUAGAACUAAAAUUAUAUUAUACAGUUAUUUGAAAUGCUUGAUAUAAAUUUGACCUUUUCUAAAAUGUAUACUAAAUAUUAAUCAAAAUCUCAGGAUGAAAAGAAUUAAUGGAAUAGUGAUAUUUAAAAUAUUGCAAAUUAUAAAGUAGAAGCUUCAGUCGUUGAAAAUAAGGAUGAAGGUAAAUCCAUUCUUUUAAGAGCAUUUGAUGAUAAAAAUUCAUUAAUGUGUUAAGAAAAUAUAAAUUUAGAAUUACUAAAAGGUUUAAUAAAUUAUGUAGAUUUUUACGAGAUGUUACCAACUAAUCAACCUAAUAUAAGUACAACUCAUUAAUUCUUUAAAUUUUUGGUUUUACCAUACACUGCAGUGGUUCCAGAUGAAAUAACACAAGACAUGAAAUUAUAAUUCUGGCCUAAACCUUAUGGAUUAUUGAAUGGAUUGACUCUAAGAAUAGAUUUUAUGGAUGCUAAUUGUUUAAUAUAUAUUCAUCAUAUUGAAACAGAUUAAUUUAGAAUAUCUAUUUGUGAUCCAAUAAGUAAGGAUACUUUACGAUUGGAUUUAGAAAUGGAUUAUUCUACAAUGGAUUCAUUCUUUAAAGAUGCUAAAACAAUUAAAGAUUAAUAUUCAUUUUUUAGUAAAACUACAUUACUUAAGAUGACAGAAAAGACUCCUAAAUUUGGUGAUGAUGAUGUGGCUGAAGCAUUAUAGGAAAGAAAUUUUGAUAAAAAUAAAAUUAAAUAGGUAAAUUAAUCAUUAUCAAUAAAUUAAACAUUUAUGACAGAAAAUUUAAUACUUAAAAAUUCUAUUGAAUUUCUUAAAUAUUUAAAGAAUAUUGUGAUAUCUUUUGAAUAAUUUAUUAAAUCUUUAGGAAUAUCAUUCUCGAAUACUUAAUUUGGAUAAAAAUAUUUUAGAUGUAAGAGUUGGAAUACAGGGACCAAAAAUUAAUUAUAAUUAGUAAUUGAUAAUUAAGAUCAAUAAAUGGUUUAAGUAUGUUUACAUAAUUGUUUUGAAACAUUUGGGCCAAACAAAACUAAAAUUAAAGCUAAAGGAUAAACAACACUUCUUUAUUCAUCAAUUUAAAGAGAAUUCUCUGUUAAAUAUGAUAGAUUAACAACAGAAGAAAAGAUUGUAAUAUUUUAAUAGCUUUUAUAUUCAUUUAAUCUUAAUAUAUUUGAAAAAGCAUGUGAGUAAAGUUAAGAAUAAUUUGAUAAAAACCCUAUUAUUUAAAACUCUUAUGAUUGUGGUUCUUAUAAGAGGUAUUUGUUAUUUUAUUAAAUUGAUAGAAUGAUUUUAUAUGAUAAUUCUAAAAUUUCAGUUGUUACAAUUUCAGUUAUAGGAGCAAAUAGAAGAAUGUGUGGUGUUAAAUUUUCAGUUUUUGAUGUUGAUACAACAUAAGAAAUUGGAGUUUAUUUACCAACAUCAUAAGGUGAAUGGGACUUGAGAUCCUUAGAUAAAUAAAAAAUUAAAUCAUCUGUUGAAAAUGUUCCUUUUGCAGAGUUUUUCCUUACCUAAAUUAUUAAAUGUCCUAUUACUACCUAAGUAAUACUUAUUUAUAAUACUAGAUUCUAUUUAAGAAAAUAUUAAAGGCAGAUACUAAAAAUAAUUAAAUCAAUAGUAACGAAAUAAAUAAUCGAAAGGCAUUUAUUGAAAGAAUAGAUAAUCUAAUAACAUGUUAAGAAGUAUUGGCUGCUUCUUUAAAUUGA